CGAGAUCAGUGACACACACCAAUGGCAGAGUGUGUGAGCAGGUUUAAAACUGUAGGCAGGUCGGUUCAGAGAAACGCUGAAAUAGCUAAUUUAAAAGAGAACACACUGGAAUAAGAGUAAGAUGUCAGUACGGGUUUAACGUCGGCUUUUUCAUCCUGCUCUCUGCUGUGUUUCUGUCGCUGAGGCCGGAGCGUGUGGUAAAUCAGUGGGACUCGGAGCACCACUGGGGUUUAUUUUGUACCUUUAAUCACCGCAAGAGGCGAGUAAUUUGUCCAUAACAAAUCCCUGUUUGGACAGUGUUAAUAAUCAUGCAUGUACUGGGUGUAGUGUGCUAUGUGUGUGUGUGGCUGUGUGUGGUGGAUCUAAAGCCCACAGUGAGAAGGGACAGAAUUCACCAUGAAGCAGAACUUAAACGGAAACCACACGAAGACCACCACACGGAACAGCAGAGUCUGCAGUUCGACCAUGAAGCUUUUUUGGGAAAAGAAGAGGCGAAGACAUUCGACCAGCUGAGUCCAGAGGAGAGCAGAGACAGACUGAGGCCGCAAGCAGAGGCCAUCCACAUCGGCUCUGCUUUAAUAUCAACAGAUCUUCGAUUAAGUAAGAUUGUGGAUCGUAUUGAUAUUGAUGCUGAUGGAUUCGUCACCUCUGAUGAGCUGAAGCUUUGGAUUAAACGUGUUCAAAAACGCUAUGUUUACGAGAAUGUUGCUAAAAUAUGGCGUGACUACGACAUCAAUAAAGACAAUGCGAUUGCCUGGGAGGAGUACAAACAGGCCACCUAUGGAUAUUACCUUGCAAACCCAGAUGAGUUUGCAGAUUCUUCUGAUCAGUUCAGCUUUAAGAAGAUGCUGCCACGAGAUGAGCGCAGAUUUAAAGCAGCUGAUCUGAAUGGAGACAAGCGAGCAGAAAGGGACGAGUUCACUGCUUUCCUCCAUCCUGAGGAAUUUGAGCACAUGAGGGACAUUGUUGUCCUGGAGACAUUGGAAGACAUAGAUAAGAAUGGAGACAAUUACAUCGAUGAAGACGAAUACAUUGCGGACAUGUUUCCACAUGAAGAUGGUGGUCCUGAACCAGACUGGGUGAAAACUGAGAGAGAUCAGUUUUCUGAUUUUAGAGAUCUGAAUAAAGAUGGAAAAAUGGAUAUGGAGGAGAUUCGUCACUGGAUUCUUCCUCAGGAUUACGAUCAUGCUCAGGCUGAGGCACGACACCUUUUGUACGAGUCUGACACCAAUAAGGAUCAGCUGCUGACAAAAGAAGAGAUUCUGCAGAACUGGAACAUGUUUGUAGGAAGUCAAGCAACAAACUAUGGAGAAGAUCUGACCAGAAGCCACGAUGAGCUCUGAACACAAUUUAAUCAAGAGCAGUGAUCUACAUUUGUACAGUAAUUUGCAGUUCUACAUUCACAUAGUUAAUAAUACUAUAUUUAAGUACAUGAACUUAUGAUUUCACAUCAAUAAAUCACUAAAGCAUUAGUAUAUAAAUUCCCAGGACUUUCUCCAGGAGUGACUGACAGAUUUGCAGAUCUCUAAUCUACCUCACUGUUACCGUGGCAACCAUUCAUGGCUUUUUAUUGUGUUUGUGAGUGAAUUAGAGACUUGCAGUUAAACUUUUUCCACAGAUUAAUUUUAUUUGGAUAUUUUUAAUAAUCAGUCUGUUUUUUGUGAGUUUUGUUAUUAUUCACAUUUGAGGAAACAGUGCUACACAGUCAAUUACAAAGAGAACAUUACAAUGAGUUUUUUUAAUCUUUGCAUUUAUGGUUUUGAACUUUUUUUAAAACAAAAUCAGAAUCAAAGAUUUUUUUGCUUUUUAUUCAGAAGUUUGUAUUCAAAACAACUUGUUUUAUGGCAUCAUUUACCAGAUAAUACCAGUAAAACAAUUUUAGCAUCAUCCACAGGUUAUUACUGCAGUGUUGCUGAGCAAUUAGUGUCUGUGCGAUUGAAUAUUUUUUAUAGUGUGUGUGUGUGUGUGUGUGUGUGUGUAUACACACACACAUAAAAUAAAAUAAUGGUGGUCAGUCAUAUCUGACAAUGACAUUUAUGUGCGGGUGUGGACUCACAGAUGGCUCUGGAGUCCAAUGCGGGAUCUGCAUGUACGUCCACAGCGAGGGCAGGAAAACUUUUCUGAGUCACUGGGUGCCUCGGCUGCCACCUUUCUCCUAGCACACGCCAUGGUGAUUGUCUUGCCAGUUGUCUUCAAAGUUUUCCUGGGCAAGGCAUGUACAGGGCACGCCAGUUGGAUCGAUCCUGCACACACUCCUCCAGCUGCUUUUUGGCUAUGCCAGCAUGAGCAAUGUUAGCCUUGACACGGUCUUUAAAGCAUUUCACUGGCCUUCCUUGUUUCCUUUUGCCUUGGCAAAUUUCACCAUAGAGGAGCUGUUUUGGGAUCCAGUGGUCAUCCAUGCGAAUGACGUGCCCGGUCCAUCUCAGUUGCACUUUCAGGAUCAUGGCCUCGAUGCUUUUCAUUUCAACAUGGUCCAAGACCUCAAGAUUUGUAAUCUUGUCCUGCCACUUGAUGCCCAGGAUUAAACGCAGGCGACGCAUGUGAAAGCGCUCAAGCAGUUGAAUGUGCCAACUGUAAAGGGUCCAGGUCUCACAACCAUAGAGGAGGCUGGUGAGUACAACUGCCUUGUACACCUUGAGCUUGGUGGACUGCUGGAUGUUGUGUUGAUUCAGCACACAAACUCGCAAACUGCCCAGGGCCUGGCUGGCUCUGGAGAUCCUGGCAUUGAUCUCUCUGUCGAGGGAGCCAUCACUGGAGAUGCUGCUGCUGAGGUAUUUAAACUCCUCCAGUCUUCAGCUCUGUUCCAUUGAUAGCAAUAGAGAGCUGGUGUCCUGCAGCGAGAGGACUGGGUUGGAACAGCACCUCUGUCUUGCCCAAGCUGAUGGUGAGCCUGAAGAGACGGGAUGCCUCAGCAAACUUGUCAAUGAUAUGCUGCAGGGCAGAUUCUGUGUGGGCCAUGAAGGCACAGUCAUGAUACUGGAGGCACAAAGAGUGCCUCCAGUAUCAUCUUUGACUGUCUUUGUCUUGGCAUUCAGGCAGCGCAAGUCAAAGAGAGACCCGUCCAUUCUGUAUUUCAGGUACACACUAUGCUUAAGAUCUCUGACAGUGUGGCUAAAGACGCAGGUGAAGAAGAGGUUGAACAGCACGGGAGCUAAGACGCAGCCUUGCUUCACACCAUUUGAUAUCUCGAAGUCAUCUGAUGCCUCGCCGCCAGAGAGUACCAGCCCAGUCAUGCUGUCGUGGAAUAGGUGGAUCAGGGUUGUGAACUUCCUGGGGUAGCCCAUCUUCUGUAAAAUUGUCCACAAGGCCUCUGUUGACAGUGUCAAAAGCCUUAGUCAAGUCAAUGAACACUACAAACAAGUUCAUAUUCUGUUCUUUGCACUUUUCUUGGACUUGGCGGACUGCAAAGAUCAUGUCAACAGUGCUUUGACCGGGGUGGAAUCCACACUGUGCCUCGGGCAGGAUCUUCUCAGAAACAGUAAUGGUUGAGAAGGAUGCGCACCAGUAUCUUGCCAGCGAUGGACCGAUAUGCCCCGAUAGUUGCCACAGUCUGACUUGCUGCCCUUGUUUUUGUAGAGGGAGAAUUGUGGCAUCCCGAAACUCCUAAGGCAUAUCCUCUUCCUCCCAGAUGCUGCAGAGAAUGCUGUGGAAGGUUUCAAGAGCCACUGGUCCCACAGCCUUAUAAAUCUCUGCAGGGAUUCCAUCCUUUCCUGGAGCUUUUCCAGAACUGGUCUGGCUGAUUGCUUUCUUGACCUCAUCUAGGCUAGGAGGAGUGUCGAAACUAUCUAUUGUUGGUCUCUGAGGGAUCUAGUCUAGGGCCUGGGGGCUGACAGUGUAGGGUCUGUUGAGGAGAGUGCUGAAGUGUUCCUUCCACCUCUCAUUGAUGGCAGUCUUCUUCAGCAGUGUGCCAUCGGCGGACAGGAGGGGGGUAGUGGUGCUGGGUUGGGACAGUCCGUACACUGCUUUAAUGGCGCUGAAGAACAUCUUAGAGUUCUUUGUGUCAGCAUACAGCUGGACAUCAUCCUGCAUGUGGUGGAGAGUGGCCUGGGCACGGCUCUGGAGGUGCUUGAAGCAGUCACACUUGGAGUUGGAGGACAAGUUAUUCUGCCAUGCUAUGAACGCUUUCCGCUUGUCAUCCAGGAGCUGGGCAAUGGCAACAUUGUUUCCAUCCUGGUGGACUCUUUUUGGACUGAAUAUUGACUGGGGUACCUCCUUCACCACCGUGCUGAACUGGUCCCACUGAGGGGUCCAAGGGACAGUUCAUGAAGUUAUCUCAACAUACUGGGUUCUGAAGUUUGAUGGCAUUCAACGACAGUCUGACAAACUUUGGCUUUUUGUGGUGGGUAGGGGCGAUGUGCAGCUUGACGACCGACCUAAGUUAUCGAUGGUUGGUCCAGCACUCAGCUCCUCACAUGGCCCUGGUGAUCCUGAAGUCUCUGCUGUUGCGUCUGUGGCAGAUUGCAAAGCUAAUGAGGUGCCACUGUUUUGAUCAUGGGUGCAUCCAAGUUGAUUUAUACUUGUCUUCUUGUCUGAACAGGGUGUUGGUGAUCGUCAAGUCAUUUUCUGCACAGAGACUCAAGAGCAGUAGGCCAUUAGAGUUCAUUUUGCCUAUGCCAUGUGGCCCCAGCACACCUUUCCAGUUCGCGCACUCUGCUGAUUCUGGCAUUGAAGUCUCCCAGCAGGAUGAGCUUGGGAGUUGUGGCCUUUAUGAAGUUGUUGAGGUCCUCAUACACUGAAAAAAA